AUGGGAGUUGAGAAACCUGUGAAAACCACCAAGUCAAAACUAUCUAACAGAAGAAGGAAAAAGAGAAGAACAGAAGAUUUUUCCUCUUCUUCAGAAUCGUCAUCGUCAUCGGAAUCGGAAUCGGAAUUGGAAUCAUCUAAUGAGAGCAACAUCAACGAACAAGAAGACGCUCUACAAACUACAGAAGAUAUCGAGGAUAUUGAGCUAGAGUCAGAUUCGGAAAGUAGUAAAGAAAAUAAUAAAGCUCCUGACAACUUGACUGUUUGUCAAAAGCAACAACUUGAAACAAUUCCGUUUCCAAUUACAUCGAUAUCUAAUGUGACAAACACAAACACAGCAAGCGCUCUUAAAAAUAUAGCAGAUCUCACAGCAGUAACCAAAUCUGUUGAUGCGUCAAGACAGGAGAUGAACAACAAAUUUCUCAAACUAAUGACAAUGGAGUUUGAUGCUGAUUUGGAUGAAUUGCGGAAAAAGCCAGAUUUCAAUGAAAAAUCAUUGGUUGUGUUGGCAAAAACACUACAAUCAGGUGUAAAUAUGUUUGACUAUGAUGCAGUACAAGCACUCUUAAACUGA